AUGGGUGCAGAGCACAGGCAGACGGUGGAACGUGUGACAUUACAGAACCAACUCCAGCAGCUUUUAGAAGCCCAGAGGUCAGAGGGCAAGUCACUGCCGACAUCCCCAAGCUUGCCAUCAUCUCCUGCUUCUGGCAAACCCCAGUGGAAACCAUCUGAAGCAGAUGAAUUGUCUCCACCAAAAAGUAAAUUGAACACCCAAGAUGAGAUUCAGAUUCUUGGCAGCUUGGGAACUUCUAGUCGCACUCGAGCCAAGAUAAAAGAUGAGGACUCAGAUAAAAUUUUGCGCCAGUUGUUGGGAAAGGAAAUCUCUGAAAAUGUCUGCAUGCAGGAAAAGCUGACUUUGGAAUUUCAGGAUGCUCAUGCAUCCUCCAAGAAUGUGAAGAAGAUUUUGCCAGAGAAAAGGGAGCUGAAGUUAGCCAGACUGAGACAACUGAUGCAGAGGUCACUCAGUGAGUCUGACACAGACUCAGCUAAUUCUGAGGACCACAAGAGCACCCCUUUGAAAAGAACUGACAAACCAAGGCCUCAGCCCAUAGUGGAGAGUGUUGAGAGCACAGAGAGUUUGCACCUGAUGAUUAAGAAACACACUUCCGCAGCAGGACGCCGCUUCCCUUUUGGUAUCAGAGUCUCUAAGUCUAUGGAUGGCCACAGUCCUUCCCCGACAUCAGAGAGCAGUGAUCCAGAUAAUGAAGCCCUGUAUCAGUCUGGUACUGUACCUCAGAGCCAGUUUUGUGUAGACAGCUCUCCGUCCAGCACGGACAAUGCCACUGCUCAAAAGGUUGCCACCAGCCCUAAGAGUGCUCUUAAGUCUCCAUCUUCAAAGCGCAGAACCUCCCAAAAUUUGAAACUCCGAGUAACUUUUGAGGAGCCUGUGGUUCAAGUGGAGCUAGCAGAGUCAGAAUUAAAUGAAGAAAAGGAUAAAGACCGGGGCAAAGGACUUGUGCGGGUUCCACCUGGCUCUGGGGAGCCAACGGGGGACCAGCUGAAAAGGCCUUUUGGAACCUUUCGGUCCAUAAUGGAGACGCUGAGUGGCAACCAAAAUAACAACAACAACUGUCAAACGGCAAAUCUGAUCAAAACCUCGUCGACUCUGCCUUUUACCUCAUUAGGAAGGAAGACAGCAGACAGCAAAGGAAAUCCAGCAGCUCUCACAAAAGGAAGAAACAAGCCAGGUCCUUACUUCAGCUACACCGAUCUUUGCUCUAGCACGUUGAAUGAAGAAUUUCUGUGUAACUAUGCUUGGCAUGAUGACAUCAAUAGGAAAAGCUGGAAAUCCAGCAGUCAAAAGAUUGCUGAAGAGCCAGAGCUGCAGGAAUUCUUCCUCUAAACCACAUCUCAUGAUGUCUCCCUUUGUUUGAAAUACCUGAAAUAUAUCCUUUUGAAACACUAAUACGAGACAUACCCUUCACCAGCAAAACAGCAGCUGUUAGGAUGCCUUAAUUUGUAGCAGUUAGACCAUAUAUAAAACUUUUUAAUGAUAUAUGUGUAUAUGUAAGUUGUUUGUAAGCUGUGCUGUGUAAAGGCAUGGGUGACCAAAAGUAACAAUUUGAAAAUUGUUAUGACACAGGCAACCUCCAAAAUGUUUGCUGAGCCACUGAACAUAUUUUGUACUUUGUGUCUUGCAUGGGUAUAUUGUCAUAUAUCUUUAUUUCCCUUUGUCAAUGGCAUAUAUUGUCAACGUUUCAGCCAGGACUCUGCUUGCUCAGCUCCUCAGUGAGACCAAGGCAAAAGCAUUGAUUUUUUUGAGUAUGUUUUUCUGUUGUUAUGUCUAUUUUUUGUAAAAAGGAAAUAAAGACAGUGUUAAUAGGA